GAAAAGGUUGUUGUGCUUCGUUAUCAGACAACAUUGCUAAGAAACACCAUGCACGUGUUGCAACCAUUGUUAUCGUUAAUAAGAGUGGUUAUAAUAUGACUCACAUCAUUAAACUUGAAGAUGGACGUUAUGUUAGGCAUGAUGAUCAUGAAAAUCUCGACAUAAACUGCGAACCACAAACAGAACCUCUCGCAAUUGGUCAAAAUGAAACAUUUUCCUGCAUUACAAGUCAUAGGUUUGGCGGAUUGAAAGGUAUUGCCACUUGCAUCAUAGAUGACGGUAGUUCAAGCACUUUCACCUUAUCCUGGAGUGUUCCAACAAUCGGCGAUCCUAAUUACGACAUUGAAGGAUUGCCUAAUAAGAAAUAUUACAAUGAAAGUAAAUAUGAUCUCGAUAAUACAUUAUGUCAAGUUAUAGUUCAUCAAAACGCUGUUGUGAGUGAUGCAGCUCAUCAAAAC